CCGAAUGAAACUGGUCAUGACCAUUUGAGCGUUAUUCUAGAGCUGACUACCAGCCUGGAUUCUGCUUUCGCAGAACUUGAAUCGGCCGAGAUGCGAUUGGCUAAGGCGGAGAUUCGAGCUGCUAGCGCUGUGGCAACUGCAACCAAUUUGCGCCUUCGGCUUAGACGAGUAUUGGCCGAUCAAAAUUCGCUCUUGGAACUGGAGGAGAACAGCAUACAUUUUUCUCUAUCCCCCACCACUCUGGAUUCUCCACCAGCCUACUAUGAACUGCCAGAAUCACAGUUUAACGCCUGCAAGACUUGUAUCCCUUGCCUAAAAUCAAAAAAGAGCUGCAUUGCCAUUCCAGAUCGGCAGAAUCUUUCUCUUUCUGAGAGUCUAGAAAUUUUCUCUCGCCCUGCUCUAUCUGAUAGUUGGGGCCCCACUAUUCCGUUUUGUGUUUCCGUUGCAACGCAAACAUACCAUCUCUCUGGCUUUCCUGAUUCCGAAAGAACAUUGUUUUCAACGGGGCCCGACGCCUGUUCACAAUUAUUCACUGAGGAAAGGGCGAAGGAGAUUUUCAUGCAUGGGCUGAUUCGUCCCGAGUCUCUGUUGUCCAAGGCCACUUGCAGCCCAAAUGUUGUAACUAGUCCAGUUGAAUGGCGUCAGGCUUUAGUAAACGCGUUGUCGUUAGUCAGUCGUUAUCGGCACCGCUGCCAGGAACAGGUGGCUCGUGAGAUGGCUCUGCAGCGUCAGCUUGAUCAGGCAUCUGGAGACUUGAAUGCUGCAGUUGAUGCUAUUCGUAAACAGAAAGCUCUAGCUGAGGCUAGUCGACUCCGAGGUACACGAGAGGUAAACCGGCUCCGAGAAAAACUUGCACAGGCGAUAGCGGCAAUCUCUUUUCCCGGCCUGGCUCCGGCUAUCGGCUGGAAGCCGAGCGAGGAUAAUGCCAGGUGA